AUGGGUCUGGGCAGACUGGUCGGCUGCCACAGCAUCAAGGACAAGCAGCUGUACGGCGAGGAUCUCCUCGCUCCCAAAGGUCUCAGCAGGCAGCCGGACCUCAGAGACUCCGCCUCCCCGUCUCCCUCCACCUUCCCGGAUCACAUCCAUCCCAUCUCUGCUACUAACCCACUCCAAGAGAUGCUUCCCAGGCCCAGCGCCGAGCCCACCUUCUGCGCCCACGCCUCUGACCAGAUGGUUCCGGACCCCGGCGCUGAGCGGAUCUCUCUGACCACCAGCAGAGACAUGGAGUUCCUCCAGCAGGCCAUCAAAGAGCUGCGAGCGGAGCGUCUGGAGCAGCUGAAGCAGCUCAGACUGCAGCAGGUGAUGCUGGAGCAGCAGGUCGAGUCCGAUGUCGGACCUUUCUCCAAUCCCAUCGGCACAGAGGGAGGGGGAGGUCACACCACCCCACCCCCGGGCCCAGCAGCACCUCUGGAAUCGUUGCGACUCACUCCAGGCAGGAAAGCCGUGGCGGCGAAGCUGGACUCGAUUCACUCUAGGCUGCAGAUCUGGGACAACAAAGGGUUGGAGGACAGACAGCCGCCCGCAGAGGCGGUAAACCCAGGAGCAGUGGUGGGAUCCUUGACCGGGCCCCCUCAGAAUGACACCGACCCAUCCAGCCUAACUCAGGCUGCAGCCACAGAACUCUGUGAUCCACAAGAAUCCAACAGAGACAAGAAGCAAGAAGAAACGGAUCAGAGAGAAAAAUCUGAUGGACCAUCUGGUUCUGCUGGAGAGGACAGUGUGUCCAGAUCUUCCCAGUCCAACCAGGAGCAGGCAGUGGACCAGGCAGCUGCCCCACAGAGCCAUGGCACCACGGAUUCCAGAAUUCCAGUUUUAAUGCAUCGGGACCGCGAUCCAGUGCCCGGUCCGGCAGUUCAGAACCAGCAGCUGAUUGCGGCCCGGCUCCAGCCGUGCAGCCAGCAGCCGCAGCAGAACAUGGGCCUCCUGCAAAAUCCACACCUGCCUCCGUUCCACGGCCAGCGGUUCCCCCCAGGACCCCUACUGGGACCCCUCACCCCUCUGGGAGGAGGACUCCGAGGCGUCAUGGCCGCCCCCAACCUCUGGCCCGGUGGCUUUGGACCCCCAGCAAACCCCCUGGUCUGGGGCUUCCAGCCGAGCGGCAUGGACUUCCUGAGCGGGUUCUACGGUCAGGGAGGAAACUCGUACCGAGGCGUCCGACCAGGAGGAGGUUUUAACAGGAUGUAGGGAGCCGUUUUUUUCUUAGCUCGUUCCCUCCCUCCCCUGAUGAUGCUCCGGGUGACGAACAGAACCACCAGCAAAGGAAAAGAUGCUGAACCCGCGACUGAAAACCUUCCCGAUCGUUUCAGGGAAGAAACUCCUCAACACUAAUCAGACCAGGUCUCUGAUGCUGAGAUUCACCUUCAUGUACAGAAACUUUAAACCCUGACUGAGUUGGCAGUCACAGGAGCUCUGACGGUUCCUGAACGCUUCAUCUCCUGGAGGAGACACUUCAGCCGUCUUCCAGCGGAGCGGAGCUUCUGCUCUGGGCUGAUUGUUCGCUUUGGUUUGAUGUAGAAAGAAAAUCUGUAACAAACCGUUUUAACUUAAGUGGAUUUUUAUGUUUGUGUUGUUUUCUACAUCUGAUUUUUGUAUUAAACUCCUAUGAAACCAAAAGUCGCUCUGGAUGAAUGCAGCGAGAAGCGCUUUGAUCCUGUGACUGAAAAAGGUUCUACAGGACAUUUAUUUAUUGUUUUUUAUUGUAAAGUUAUCCAGAAUAAAAGUUUUUCUGAGAGAACGGAG